CUUACAUAAAGAACUACCUUUUCCAAUUAGUUACACUUUAAUAGCUGGUUUCUUAUAUGUCAUAAGACAAAAAAAUGAUUUAAUUUUUACAAAUGCUAUUCGUAGUUUGCGAGUGACUAGAUAGUGAAAGGAGUGAUUCAAAGUAAACAGAGCAAUGAAAAAGAAAAACUGAAAAUGCUUCACAUCUCUCUCUCUCUCUCUCGCUGCAACACAAAGUUUGUGACUAUAAAAGCAUUGGCUCCAGCCCCAAACCAAACUCACCAACACUCUCUCUCUCUCUCUCUCAAACCACACAUACGCGCACAAAAUGCAGUCCACCGCGGCCGGUUUCAUCCUCCUCCUCCACCUUCUCUGCUUCGUUCCUUCAUUCAAUGGAGAAAGCCCCUUCACUCCAAAAGCUUCAUUAAUCCGCUACUGGACAAAUCACAUCUCCAACACUUUCCCGCUCCCCGAAUUCCUUCUCAACAAAGCCUCUCCUCUAAGCGCCGCCCAGCACGCCGCCUUCUCCAAGCUCGUCGCCACCAAUCCCACAUCGCUCUCCCACCAACUCUCCGAUUUCUGCACAAAGGCCAAACUCAUGUGUGCCCACGCCUCGUCAUCCCCAAGCCUCGACAAAAACCCCAACGACGUCAAUUUCACAUCCUACACCGACAACAAAAACUUCACCAACUACGGCACCGACAAACUCGGCGGUCUUGACUCCUUCCAAAAGUACUCGGAAAACGUCAACAUCCUCGUCGACAACUUCCGCCGCUACAGCCGCAACUCCGUAGGCCACAACGAAGGAUUCGACAGCUACGCGGCCGACGGCAACGUGGCCGAACAGAGAUUCAACACCUACGGCGCCUCGGCCACCGCCGGCCAGGGGCAAUUCAGUAAUUACAACAACAGAGUCAACGUGCCGCACACCGUCUUCACUUCGUACACCGACCAAGGCAACGCCCGCGCGCAGUCCUUCGUCACCUACGCCGCCGACGCCAAUUCCGGCAACAUCGGGUUUUCUAAUUACGGAAAGAACGGAAACAGCGCCGCCUCUGCCUUCUCCGCCUACGGAAAAGACUCCAAUGUCUUGGGCUCUACCUUUUCCAAUUACGGAAACAACGGAAAUGCUGCUGUCGACAACUUCACGUCCUACGGCGACGGAACGAACAACCCGCAGAACGUGUUCAGCAAUUACGGAGAACAUGGCAAUGCGGCCACUGAGAGUUUUGCCAGUUACAGAGACCAGGCGAACGUCGGGGGCGACAACUUCAUCUUCUACGCAAAGGACUCGAACGCGGCGCGCGUCGUCUUCCGCAACUACGGCAACUCCUUGAACCAAGGGACCGACAAAUUCGACGCCUACGGAGAGGAAUCCAAGACCGGAUUCGAGUCCUACGGCACCAACAACACCUUCGCGCGCUACUCGUCCGACAACAACGCUACGAAAUUCACCACUUACAGAAACGCCACCUCAUCGACGAUUUCGAACAAGUGGUCGGUGGAGGAGGGGAAGUUUUUCAGGGAGGCGAAAUUGAGAGAAGGCACCGUAAUGCGUAUGCCGGACAUAAAGGACAAAAUGCCGAAAAGGUCGUUUUUGCCCCGCACCAUAGCUUCCAAGCUGCCCUUCUCGACCUCCAGAGUCGAGGAGUUGAAGACGAUCUUCCACGCGGCCGACGACAACUCGUCCAGCGUGGCGAAAAUGGUGACCGACGCGUUGACCGAGUGCGAGCGGGCCCCGAGCCGCGGGGAGACCAAGCGCUGCGUGACUUCAAUCGAGGACAUGAUCGACUUUGCGACUUCUGUUCUGGGGAGGAACGUGGCUGUGCGGACUACAGAGAACACACGAGGAUCCAACGGUAGUAUUUUGAUCGGCGAGGUCACGGGGAUCAACGGUGGGGAUGUGACCAAGUCCGUGUCGUGUCAUCAGAGUCUCUUCCCUUACUUGAUCUACUAUUGUCACUCGGUCCCAAAAGUCCGGGUAUACGUGGCGGAUAUUAAGGACCCGAAUACCAAAGCGAAAAUAAACAACGGUGUUGCCAUUUGUCACCUGGAUACUUCGGAUUGGAGCCCGGGCCAUGGGGCUUUUCGUGCGCUGGGCCAGAGUCCUGGGAAGAUCGAGGUUUGCCAUUGGAUUUUCGAGAAUGAUAUGACAUGGACCACUGCGGAUUGACGGGUAGGAUAACGGGUCGGGUUCAACUGUUGAACCAGCUGUGUUAGGUGAACCAGUGGUUUGACCUUUGUUAUUGAUAUUAUUAUUAGUUAAUUAUUAGCUUAAGCCCUAGUUAUUUUUCAAUUUUUGAGUGGUUGAUUGAUAAUUAGUAUAUUGCUGUUAAUGGAGACAUCUUCUUUAAAUGUCAAUAGUCAUGAUGACCACAGCUAAUCAUCUACUGUCACCUUUCACUGCCCACAUUUGCUUUAUUAUUUUAUUAAUUAUUAUUAUUAGUAGUAGUUGUUGUUUUAUA